AUGGUUUCAAUUAUUGAUAAAUUGGUUUUUGAUCUUGGUGGCAAAACAUUAGUUUCGCUGGCACCUGACAAUAACACUUUAUGUGUAGCUAAUAAAAAUGGAUUAACCAAGAUCCUGAAAACAAAUAACCCAGAAGAGGAACCAGAGACGUUAGACUCUUCCAAGUCAGUCUCUUCAAUUAGAUGCUACUCUAAUUCUAACUUUUUGAUGACCACAAUGCAAGGUGAUGCACUAAAAUAUAACAUCGACUCUAUGCAAGAAGAAUUAUUGGCUAGAUUUGCUCUGCCCCUACGCGAUUGCUGUGUGAUUCACUCCGGUAAGAUGGGCGUAUUUGGAGGAGAUGAUUUAGAGUUAGUUCUUUUGGAAUUAGAUGAUGCUGCGCAUAAGAAGCAUACCGUUAAAAUUGACGAACAGAUCUCUCAGAUAUCUUACAAUUCCCAAAUGAAUAUUUUAGCCGUUUCGUUGAUAAAUGGAAAAGUCCAACUUUUUUCCCUAACAUCCACUAUACCAAAUAAAGUUCACGAAUUGAAUGAUUACAUAGUCGCCAAUUCAUAUGAUGAUACUCACAGAGAUAAAAUACUUUCAAAUAUGAUGGAUGAUUUCGACAAAGACAGCGAUAACGAUCUGGACGAGGCAGUUGACUCGAGCGAAAACAAUGUCAAUGAUCCAGAAUUUUGCGCCUUUAAUCGAAUUUGUACAAGAGUGGCUUGGCACCCAAAGGGCCUCCACUUUGCAUUGCCAUGUUCUGAUGAUACAGUUAAAGUUUUCACCAUAAAAGGCUAUUCCUUGCAAAAGACGUUGACGUUAAAUUAUUCUGCAGCAAAGGCCCAUUUUGUCGAUUUGCAAUUUGAUCCAUUACGUGGGACUUACAUCGCAGCAAUAGACUUAAAUAAUAAACUCACUGUAUGGAAUUGGGAGACCUCCGAAGUCUUCUACACCAAGGAGUUUAAGCGAAAGCUUACAAAUUUUACCUGGAAAGUUCAACCAGAUUCGAAAACUUUGGAUAUCGUUUUAGGUACAUGGUCUGGUAGCAUAGUCACUGUCCAAAAUUUGGCUGAAUCUGUUGUUUCAAAUGUAACUGAAGAUUCUGUAAACGAAUCUUCAACAAAACAAGGCCUUUUCGUCGACUCUGAUUCUGACUUGGAAAAUCCAGAAGAAGAUGGUGAGGCAAGCAAAGAUGAAAAGCUAUUUUCUGAUAUUGCUCAAGAAGCUAAUUCGGAGGAUGUGUUCACUCAAAACCAUGAUGACAAUCCAAGUGGAUUAAACGAAAAGAGAAAAUACAAUUUCGAAGAUGAAGAAGACUUUAUUGAUGAUGAUGAUGGGGCUGGUUAUACCAGUGGUAAGAAACCACAUCAUGAUCAUCCUUAUUCCAGAACACAAAAAAGUCAUCCAUUACCAACCAUUUUGGCAAACACGGCAAAAUUCCGCUAUAGGCCGUUUUCUCCAGCUGGAACACCGUUUGGAUUUACUGACAGACGUUAUUUAACCAUGAAUGAAGUUGGAUACGUAUCUACUGUCAAAAAUAGUGAGCAAUAUAGCAUAACAGUUUCCUUCUUUGAUGUUGGCCGUUUUCGCGAAUAUCAUUUCGAAGAUUUGUUUGGUUACGACUUAUGUUUCUUGAAUGAAAAGGGCACUUUAUUUGGUCAGUCCAAGACUGGCCAGAUACAAUAUAGGCCGCAUGACACUAUAAAUUCAAACUGGACCAAGAUAAUUCCUCUAAAAUCUGGUGAGAGACUAACAAGUAUUGCAGCUACCCCAGUUCGCAUUGUUGUUGGUACUUCUUUAGGAUAUUUUAGAAGUUUUAACCAAUUUGGCGUUCCAUUUGCUAUUGAAAAGACAUCUCCAAUUGUAGCGCUAACCGCUCAAGAUUACAGAGUUUUCUCGGUUCACUAUUCACAAUUUCAUGGACUUUCGUACUCAUUAUUCGAACAAAGCCACUCUAUCACAAAAUAUUAUCAAAGAGAGCGCCCACUUCCUAUGAGUUUGCCAAACGUUAAUCCUGACCUGAAACAAGAAACUAAUUUCGACUUCUACAAUUUUAAUCCGAUGGGUAUAAAAAGCUUGUUUUUUUCAAGCUAUGGUGAUCCAUGUAUUUUCGGCUACGACAACACAUUGCUACUGCUAUCUAAGUGGAGGUCAUUUGAGGAAAGCAAAUGGAUACCUGUUCUUGACAGUAACAUGGAAAUAUGGAAAAUGUCGGGGGGAAAGGAGACUACAGAUAUACACGUAUGGCCUUUGAGCUUGACAUAUGAUACAUUAAACUGUAUUCUUGUCAAGGGUAAACAUAUAUGGCCGGAAUUUCCCCUUCCUUUGCCAUCUGAAAUGGAGAUUAGAAUGCCAGUUCUCGUAAAAAGUAAACUACUGGAGGAAAAGAAAGCUCUGGUUAACAAGAAGAAUGAAUUCGAGGACAAUAUAGAAGAAAACGAAGGGGAAGAUGAUAAAGAAAUACCGAUUCCCAUUCCAAUGGCUGCGGAAGAAGAAUAUUUGCGUUCUAAAGUUUUGUCAGCAUUGUUGACAGACACGCUUGAAAAUGAUGGUGAACUAUAUGGAAAUGAAAACGAAGUAUUAGCGGCAUUAAAUGGUGCAUACGAUAAGGCUUUGCUACGUUUGUUUGCAUCUGCAUGCUCAGACCAAAAUGUCGAAAAAGCCCUAUCGCUGGCACAUGAACUGAAACAAGAUAGAGCACUCAAUGCAGCUGCAAAGAUAUCAGAGAGAGCUGAACUAACUUCCCUAGUUAAACGAAUAAAUGACGUUAGGGAAGCCAGAUAUGAACAGCAGUUAAAUAAUGUGUAA